AUGAGCUCCCGUGGCUUAGCUCUGGCACCUCCAGCCAAGAAUGUGGUGGUGUAUCGCAACGGUGACCCCUUCUUCCCCGGGAGGAAGUUUGUAGUGAACCAGCGGCGGUUCCUGACCUUUGAAGCAUUUCUGAAUGAGGUGACCAAGAGCAUUUGCGCGCCCUUGGCUGUGAGGAACCUCUACACACCCAGGCAUGGCCACCGCAUCGCUGAGCUGGGAGACCUGCAGGAUGGGUGCCAGUACGUGGCUGCGGGCUUUGAAAAGUUCAAAAAGCUCAACUAUUCAAAUCAUGGAAGGAAGGAGCUCCGUGGGACGAGGAACAGCAAGGGUCUGCAGUUCCGCGCUGUAGCUCCGUGGAAGUCGAACGUCUUGGCGCGAUGGCAGAAGCAUGCCCACCUGCCCUGCACGAUACAUGUUUUCCGGAAUGGGGAUUUGCUGAGCCCUCCUUUCCCACUGCCACUCUCCAAGAGCACUUCAUUGCAGUGGGACGUGUUCCUGGCCAUGCUGACAAAGAAAGCCGACCUGCGCAGUGGAGCUGUUCACAAGCUCUGCAGGCUGGAUGGAACCCAGGUGUCUGGUGGGGAAGAGCUGGUGAAUGGCGAUUACUAUGUGGCAGUGGGAAACGAGGAGUACAGAAAACUGCCUUACUUUGAGCUGCUGGUGCCCCAGGUUUCUGCGUACAAGACGCUGUGGAACCGCGCAAAUGGCAUGCGCAAAAAACACCGCAAAAGGUUUGUUGAACUCUAUGCCACCUCCCAAGUCAGUGCUGAAGAAAGAGCAUAUAAAACCACAGAUCCUAGGAAGGAGAUGCAAGGUACCCAAGAUGUAAAAGAUGAUGAACACACAAGGGUGGAUGUACCCAUUGAUCAGAAAGUUGCAGAAGAACUUACACCAAAAGCCAAAACGAUGUACCACA